GAGCGCGCCUGAGUCUCCUGCUCCACACUCCCCUCCCUUCAGUGCUGUGCGCGGUGGUGGGUGCGGCGCAGGUGCCCUCUGAUCUACCCCCGAGUGCGGGGCUGUCACUGGUCUGUUAUAGGGAGGAAGCAGAGGAGACAUUGUGAAUGGCUCAAAAUAUGGACUGCAAAGCUUACCAUGCCAACCCCAAGCCACCGCUACCGUGAUAUUGAGAGGACAGCUGAGUACCUCCAACCAGAAAAGUGUCUCCCACCACCAGUAGAUAACUCCAUGGAUAAAGUGUGGUUCAUCAAAGAUGGCUGCGGCAUUGCUUGUGGCAUAGUGACCUGGUUCCUGGUUUUCUAUGCAGAGUUUGUUGUUAUUUUUGUUAUGCUGCUGCCAUCCAAAGAUUUGGUUUAUAGCACAAUCAAUGGGAUUAUCUUUAAUUUGUUGGCGUUCCUAGCUCUGGCUUCACAUUUUCGAGCUAUGAUCACCGAUCCUGGGGCCGUUCCUAAAGGAAAUGCCACAAAGGAAUACAUUGAAAGCCUGCAAUUGAAACCAGGACAAGUGGUUUACAAAUGCCCAAAAUGUUGCAGCAUCAAGCCUGACAGAGCUCACCAUUGCAGUGUAUGUAAAAGAUGUAUCAGGAAGAUGGAUCACCAUUGUCCGUGGGUUAAUAACUGCGUGGGAGAAAACAACCAGAAAUUUUUUGUUUUGUUCACUAUGUACAUAGCCCUGAUCUCCUUACAUGCCCUCAUCAUGGUAGGGUUUCAUUUCCUGCACUGUUUUGAAGAAGACUGGACAAAGUGCAGCUCCUUCUCUCCACCAACCACCGUCAUCCUCCUUAUUCUGCUUUGUUUUGAGGGUUUGCUUUUCCUCAUCUUCACUGCGGUGAUGUUUGGCACACAAGUACACUCAAUCUGUACUGAUGAAACGGGAAUAGAACAGUUGAAAAAGGAAGAGAGAAGAUGGGCCAAAAAAACUAAAUGGAUGAACCUGAAGGCAGUAUUUGGCCAUCCUUUCUCAAUAGCAUGGCUUAGCCCCCUCGCCACACCAGACCAGGGAAAAGCAGAUCCUUACCAGUAUGUGGUCUGAGGAAUUCUGUGCCAGCUUGGCCGCACAGAAAGACACCACAUUACUUCCAUUUACCAGCUUGACAUUGAAUGUUUCAUAAAAAUACGACUUAUUUAAUUUUUUUAAAUGUCCGAGAGUUACUGCUCAGAAGCCGCCAACAUGCAACAGUUUUCUUUGCUCCUGUUUUCUGGAACCAUUAGAUCAUUACUUUUCCUUUGUCUGCUUUCACAGUAACACAAUAAUUGUCUUUCCUUGACUCUUUACUACAUCCCAACCUGCGUUGACUACAUCUGCCAUCAUUUGCCAUAGCUGACUGUGCCAACUAACUAUUAACUUGUUUUGAGCCUAGUCAUUAGGAUGCAUCUUUUCUGAGGAAAACUUGAAUUUGGUAAUGUUUGCUACUCCUGGAAAACCAGUAUCUGUAAAAGAUGAAGAUAAAGUUAUUAUCGUGGACUUUAUCCCUUUAAAAUUUGUUAGAAGUAUUAUGGAUUCGAAAGGUUUUCAGCCAUUUUUUUAGCCAAGCAUCGUAUGGGUAAACUAUUGCAGAUUCGUUUUCUUGUGAGAAGACCAUAAACUUCCUGCUCUUCAAGGUUUUCCAUAAUGUCAACCAAAGCGGGAUAUGUAUUUGACAGUUCUGGGGGUGGGAGUAACGGGGAGUCCAGCAGUCAAAAAUCAUGCUGACAUGCAGUUUUACCACAAAACCAGGCCAAUUUGUGGUCAAAACCGCAUUUGGGUAAGAUUUUUGGCUGUGGGCGUUACAUUUGUAUUAUUCUAACUGCUGUUUUAUGAGGUGUUUUCUUUAUAUCCGAUGAUGUCACAUAUAAAGACCUUAUGAACUCUCUUCUUCUUCUCCCUGCUAUGGGAGGGAGGUAGAUUUUAAAGGGGUUUUGUAAAGUAUGGAUAGGGCAUCAAUAUCUGAUGUGCGGUGGUCCAGAAUCCUGCACCCCACUGAGGAGCUGUUUCAUUGUUUGGCGCCAGAAACAUACAGUUCCUUCCAUUGUGUAGUGUACGAAGCAGGUCACUUCAGCAUUGCUCCCAUUAAUUUGCACUGAUUCAUCUGAACGCUGGGGGAAGGGGGGUGUUGGACCCCGCCAAUCGGAUAUUGAUGAUAUAUUCUAAGGAUAGGCUGUCAAUAGCAAAAUCCCGGAAUAGCCCUUGUCCGGGAUGAGUAAAAAAUGGUUGCUUUCCAAAAAAGGGGUCGCACCUGUCCACAAGUUGGAUGUGGUAUUACAACUCUUCUACAUUCACUUCAAUAGAGCUAAGCAACAGUACCAGACACAAAGCACGGACAGUUGUGGUGCUGUUUUAGGAAAAUGGCAGCCAUGUUGUUCUAAUCCUGGACAACUAAUUGUGCACUGUCCACAUGCUGUCAGUCUGCUCGGCCGCUGCCACUCUCUCUGACGACAAGCAUACCAGACAUUUUCUGCAGAGAGUGGCUAUGGUCCAAGCAAACUGACAAUGCAGGAAGAUGCAUGAAAUUUGUAUACUGUAUUUUAAUCACAUUCAGCUGGAACUUAGAAAAACACCUUUAACCCAGUUUUAUAAUUUACCACCUUCUCAUCAAAACUUCUGCUGUAGACCUUUCUUCCCGGUAUAUUAGAGCACACAAUCAUAAGACUACAAAAUUCCAGAUGCAUUGUGGAACUAAAGCAAAUUGAAAGAAAAACUGAUAAAAUUGUGAUGUACGGCUUAUGUGAAGAGAAGGACAACCUCCAGGAAGCUCAAAUAUAAAGCUACUAUAAGAUUGUUUUUCUAUUUAUAUCGUGAAGAUUAUCAUAACUGGUUGUCUCCUCAGUCUUCUUAUCCAAGUCUUGCUUGUCACAUGCCAGAUUAUACUGGUCUUGCUGGUUUUAUACAUUCUGCAUUUGUCAAUCCUUGUCAUCACUGGCAUCUUAAAAGAUGGUUUGUCAGUAUAUGUGAUGACUGGAAUGUUCCUUGUGUAACUUCCAGCAUUAAGUGAAUAUACAGCUUUUGCCCUUUUUCGAGUCAUGGAGUUCUACAUGUGUUCAUAGCCUCAAUCACCAGAGUGGGACCAACUUGGAGAUCAUCAACGCUGUGGUUAAAGCCCCAGUUAUCCAUGACUAGAUGAUAUCUGAGUAGUCCUAAGCUUCCCUGGAGAGUUAAUUUCAUAGAGAUGGAUUUUUUUAUUUCAUCUGAUGUCUCCCAACUAGCUCAUGACAUCAUGGCAUCAUUAUUAUGGGCAGUCAGGCUUCACUGUGGCCUAAAGAGUAUACAGAAAACCUUCAUGUGGGCCCUCUUCAAGAAAUUGACACUAUAGCCAUGUAAAGCUCCAUAAUUGAUCGAAAAGUGAAUGAUACAUUUUUAUAUGUUGGAAUUUUAAAAUCUUCUCAUCUGCCUCAUAUCUUAGUAUAUCUAGUGAGGGUAUGCUAUGGUUAUACAUACCCUUUACUGACCUAUUACCAUGAUUCCAUACGGCAACUAUUUAUUUGCAUGACAUUGCAUAGGAGUAGGUUGGACUGAGAUGUAUAUUCUAGGAACCUUAGUGCAUGAACCUGAACCCAUCUACCAUGGCAAAUGGUUGGUCUUUACAAUGAGAUGACAUCGUUGACUGUCUAUAACUAGCAGUACAUUUCCCCCUUUCAUGUUCAAUUUAUUCAAGACUUGUAACUGGAAACGAUUUUGUUAAAGGGGCUGGCCCAUGAACAACAUUUAGACAAAUGUAUGAUCGCUGGGGGGGCUGACUGCUGGAAUCUCCACCAAUCACGAGAACAGGGAUUCCCAACUCCCAUGUGUGAAUUUGAGCGGUGGUGCGCAUGCAUGACCACAGCUCCAUACCCUUCUGUGGGACUGCCUGCAAUCUCCGUCAUUGAAAAUUCAAUUUUGAAAAUGAAACUGCCAUUUGCAUCAGUAAUCCUUUUUCGUUCUGUGUUUUAUAUGAUCAUAAACUUGAAGAUUUUCUUGAAUUUCUUUGUGCUUCUUGUAUUUCUUUAGUCCCUGUCCCUAGUUUAGGGUGUCUAUAUUAUGGGUGCCUCUAUAUUGAUUUAACUGUAGCAUCCUUGUCAUACUUGCAUGUACUGUUUUUGCUAUGUGAUAUUUAAUUUUCUUUUUUUAAUGUCAUUUUAUGGUUUAUUGCCUGUGUGGUACACUCGGUUAUCAUUUUGCCAAUCUUUGAAGAUGUUAGACCAAGUGGAUCCUCAUAUUGUCAUACAUUGGCCUGAAGGGUCAUGUGUCUAAUGGUCACCAUUAACCUAUGUAUAGCAUAAAGCUUUGGUUACUGUUAUGUAUGAGGACAGAAUAGUUAUUCAUUGGAUAAAUUGGGAUCUCGCAUACCGAGCGGUGUUAACCCAUAGUUUAUCUAUGAUAGCUUAUGAAGUCUUCAAUUUCCAUUAUGUAUUCCUACACCAACAAGCACUGAACCAUGUAAAUUACGGUAUAUAUUUGGCUGCAGAAACAAAAAUGCCUUACAUUCAAGAUAUAAAAAAAUCGUAAUUACAUUUACUACAUAUAUUACAUAAAUGCUAAUACAGCAUAGCAGUUAAAUUACCCACAUUGCACUGGUUGAUUAUUGCUUGAUAUGUUAAGGUAGAGCUAAUUACAGUUGGAAUUUGCCCUGGUUUCAGAUCCCUGAUUUAUCUUCUCUGGGGCAGAAGCAAUGAUGAGAGAUGUAGUUGUAAACCAUCUGAUUCCCUCAAGAUUCUCACGUCAUAACCAAUUUCAGUAUAUAGAAGCAGAUUGUAGGAGGCUGUAUAUAUCUGUGUUGCUCAUACUAUUACAUGUAUUCUUCAUAUCAUGUGUACAGCUAUAAAUAUUCAUGUAAAUUCAGAAGCACAUUCCAUUCAUGAAAUUUUGCUGAAUAUUUUUUUAAUUAUUUUGGGGCAAUCAAUUGUACCAUAUGUACCGGUAUUUUUGGUUUAUUGAAUUUCCGUUUUUAGCAAUUCCAAUGAUCCAGAUUUCAUUACUGGGCUUCCCAUCUCUUAAGAACAAUUUGCGAGGGUGUGACAGACUAAAUGACCGUUUUUGUUUUCUGUUAAAAUGUGAAUUCUGCAUCUCAUUUAGCUCUGUACAAUAUAUGCUUCCAUACUAAAGACAAAAACGUUAAUGCAAUAAAAGGUUUCCUAGAAAACGCCGCUGUGCUUUCUCUGGUCUGUAUGCUUUGCUGCAGCUGUUA